UCGAGUCCAGCUUAUCACCACAAGUCCAAAGUGUAGGGAGAUACACUGUUGACGUGGGGUUGCUCGCUGUGCGUCCGUGUAUCAUGCAGCGAGGGCUUCUCCGCCUGUCGCGCGUAGCGCUAACUAGUCGCCAACAUGCGUUCACUGCUGUUCGUACGAUCUCUGCAUCACCAGCGCUAUUGUACGCUGCGGGGGCGGAGCGCAAGUCUCCAGCUCGCAAGCCUGGUCGUGCAAAUUCGAGUCUGCGCAAAUCCAACUCCACUUCGGGCCGACGUCGCCCGCCGCGCACCCAAGUGGUUAAUGACUUGGAUGCAUUAGUACAUGAAGCCAAGCGCCAAGGCCCGCGCUUCCAGCCCAGCAUGGACUAUCUGCGUCGUGCCAGUGCCGUACUGCAGCUCUGCAAGACUCGGGAGCAAUGUACGGCUGCUAUUCCUCUUUGCCACAUCGUCGAGAAGGCUCAGAACACCCACGGUAAGGCCGAGAUGGAGUGCGUUCGGAUCUACCAGAGGGCAGGUCGUAAUCAAGAGGUCGUAGCGUUGGCUGAGAAGCUCAUGAGUCAGGACGUGUUUCUACUGAACCCUGCUCUUGCCAGUGCUAUUCAGGCCUGUGCAGCACUUGGAGACGUGGACAAAGGGUUCCAUCUCUUUGACGUAGCGGUGAAACGUGGAUCCAUCCCGAACCUGGGCGUGUACUCGGCGUUGCUCGCUGUUGCGGGCGCAGCCGGAGACCCUCAACGCGUGCAGCAAGUGCUGACUCAGAUGCAAGAAGCGGGAGUCGAAAUGAACGAUAUUACGUUCCAUAACUUGAUGAGUGCCUAUGCACGUGGAGGACAUGUAACGGAAGCCCUCGCGCUCUUUGACAAGAUGCAGAAGCAGGGGAUCCCCGCUGACGAACACACGUACGCUAUCUUGAUGGAUGCUCACGCAGAGAGUGGAGAUUUUGAAGGCGCCAAGGUUUUAAUGGAAGAACUGAAGAAGACAUCGAUCGAGCCCAACCUGGUGCACUACAACGUCUUGCUCAAGGCCUGCGGGAAGGUCAGCAAUUUGACGUCGGCCUUCCAGCUGUAUGAGGAGAUGAAGGAGCGCAAGAUCAACCCUGACCUGGUGACAUUUAUCACCAUGAUGCACGCUGUGUAUCAUGGCGAGCUCGGUGCGAUUGACCAGAAGAAGGUGAAGGCUGCCCUCGUGGGAAUGGGUAUGAUGGGUGCAGCGUUCGUCCCGUUCAUUAACUAUGAAGAGUACAUGAUGACCACGCUCUUCUGUGGUAGUCUUGUGGGUUCCAUGGGUCUGGCUGCGUACAUGAACCCUGAUGGCGUUAUCCGUGCGCUUUAUCCCAACACUGACGAGCCCCGUGACGACUCGAUCAUCGAAGCUUUCUUCCGUCGACUCCGCGAGGAAGAUCACUGCGGCAGAUCUAUGUAUCUGUGGCGUGAGAUGCUCAAGUUCAAUGUGCCUGCGGACCCGCGCGUGUACGACGUACUGGUGCGCACUUGUGUGCGUAAGCGUCACCCCGAGUUGGCGUACGAAGCGGUGUUUGAGGAGAAGCUGCCUCUUACGGACAAGGAAGGCUCGUUUGUUCUCAAUCUGCCCACGACGCUGAGUCUACUGCAUUCGCUAUUGGCCCAGAAACGUCUGAACAUGGCGGACACUUUGUACGACGCUGCCCGAAGCCACAACGUGUUCGACAAGGUAUUCUCCGAGAAGGGUGAGACCUAUGUAUUCGAUAUGCGUUCGUUCCUGAACGAGCAGGUCCGCAGCUACACAAUCAUCAAGUUAUUGGAUGAGCUGCGUGCAAAGGUGGACUCUUCGAAGGGUGCAUUUGUUGCCCCGAACGUGCAGAUUCUAGUUCUGCACGGGUAUGAGCUGCUUGAUCGCCUUGAUGAGGACAACGCCAGUCUGCGCACGUUGUUCUCAAUGGACGACAUGACACGGAUUGGCGCUACAGGAGACAAGACUACGUCUGCGCACUACUACUUCCGACUGGCUGUUCCUACGGAGCGACUGCAAAAAUACUUCGAGACUACGCCAGCAAACGCAGGCAAGGAGCGACGACUUUAAGGAGGCUGCGAGAUCAGCAGCAAGUGCUGGGGAAGAUAGCGCGUAGAUGGAUUCCCUGGACGUUUUGGCUUUUAAGCAAAGUACUUUGGCAGCUCACAGACUCAGCCUCAAUGACCAUGUUGAUGGUAGAUAUGGCGUGUUUUGCACGGUUGCUAGCGAACUACGCAACAAAUCCCCGACUUUCUGUAGGUAGGUCUACACACGCAUGGCAGCGUGUAGCAAUCGCAAUGAUAAAUGGGGUUGACGUCGCGGUUGCCAAUCCCAGUGGAUGAGCCGCUGGCAUCAGAACUGCUCUUAUUACCAGCUAAGUAGAAUCAUCCCAAUGCGAUGCCAUCGGUACUGCCGCUCGAACGCAUGUAUAGUCGCCGCAGCCGGGGUAACCUAAAUCUGUCUUAUCCAUUUUUCGAUCGCUCAUUGCCC